AUGGAGAACAUAUUAGAGGUGAAUGACCGCUUGGAUCGGUACUGCUGUGGGUUUCAGCCCGAACCGUUGGACCUGUGUGUGCAGAACCGGCUUCAGUCCAAAUGUGGGAACAACAAAGACCUGCAGCUGGUUCACAUCCUGGUAAGGAAAGCAGAUCCCACUAGACUGGUUUUUAUUGACAACGCCGGCCGCCCACUGCAGCCUGUAGACAACCUCAACUUCAGACUGCUCCAGGGGAUCGACCGAUUUCCAGAACGCGCUGUAUCCGUGCUGCAGUCGGGCUGUCUGGAGUCUCUUCUUCUGCGCUCUCUUUACACCGACAGGGAAUUCUGGGAUAGCCGUGGAGGAGCCGGAGGUCUGCACGCUCUGAUCCGGGCUGUGGAGCAGAGAGGAGACGUACUACUACAGCACAUCAGGGACAUGAGGCUGGAGCUGCUCUGA